AUUGCAGUUUGAAACAAUUGGUGCAGAGAAACCUCUGAUUUAGCAUCCACACAUUUGCAAAGAUGAACAGCUUGGGGCUAAUUGUAAACCCUCAUCCAUUUAACGAGAUGAUGAAGCUUUACAUAGCAACAUCUCAACAUAAGAAAGUGCUCGCUGUCAUAGUGCAAAUGAAACAAAAUCGAAUACCAAGAAAUGUCCUAUCGUAUUGGAUGAAUGCGUGUGCAGAGCUGUCGGGUGUUGGAUCAGCUGAGGAGGUUUACAAAGAAAUGAUACAUGACAAAAAUGUUGUGAUGGGAUGGAGCUCUUUAUCUACUUUGGCAAAUAUUUACCAAAAAUCAGGAGCAAUUAACCAGGCUUUUUGGGCACUAAGAGAGGCAAAAAAUAAACUAUCUAGCUGUAAUCGCCUUGGUUAUGUAUUUUUGUCAACAAUCUAUACCUCUUUGAACAAGAAGGAUGAAGUUGUGCGGCUCUGGAAAGCUAGCAAAGAAGUAAAGGGCAGAAUCACAUGUGCGAACUACAUGUGCAUCUUCUCAUGUUUGGUGAAACUUGGUGAUAUUAAAGAAGCUGAAAAUAUAUUUCUUGAGUGGGAGUCACAGUGUAGGACAUUUGAUAUUAGGGUGCCAAACAUUGUUCUAGGCGCAUACAUAAGGAAUGGCAUGAUGAAGAAAGCUGAAUCAUUAUUUAUCUGUUCAUUGAACAGAGGUAGAUGUCGAAAUUAUAAAACUUGGGAGAUAUUCACAGAGGGAUGGGUAAGGAGCAAUGAAAUGGAUAAAACUAUAGAUACAACGAGAAGAUCCCUUUCUACGUUGGAAUAUUUGCCUUUCGUUCUAUUAUUUUCUUCUGUUUGCAUCCUCAUAUAG